UUUUCACGCUCUAUGUGUUUACCCCCUAGGAAGUAGAGAAAAUCCUUCCCUACGUCAUGCUAUAGUGAAUAUUUUACGGGAAAAACCCAGUCCAAGCCAAAAAUAUAAUCUUUUGUUGUGUGCCUAAAGGGCUAUGUUUUUAUAACGACAGUUCUCUUUACAAAAUAACGUCUGGUUGUUGACAGAGGGUAUAACACGUUGUAGUGGUGAUGCAGUCCUGGUGCUUUCACAGAAUUGAUUUGUAGAGGUUCAAUCAUUACGAUCAAAACGGUGGUCGCAGAACGUUAACAUUGACUUUAAAAAACAAAAUCACCUGCAGCUGAUUUCACGAACCGCUAGGAUUAAUCUUAGCUCGUCCUAAGUCUUAAGAUUAAUCCUACGUUAUACGAAGAGUUUGGUGAAAUCGACGGAUAGUUCUAAAUGAACACAUCAUUUGCUGAGCAACGCAAGAACUCUACAAAAUUAGGUUAACUCAUACGUAUUUUGUUAGCAAGGUUGCUUAAGUAACAUGGCCAACCGUGGAUCUGAAGGGAUCUUUCGAGCAUGUAGUUUAGUAGUGAUUGCUUGUGUACUAAUGAUCGGACGAGUCGGUGCUAAUACUACCGGGGACGCGUGUGAGAUUUGCGACUGUGAUAGUCAGCCAUUCGCAGUUAACUGCACCAGCAAAGGAUUGACCGAGCUACCAAUCGGCAUACCAAAUGAUACAGCAAAAUUAGACCUCGGUGGGAACUUCUUGAGAGAGAUACCGACGGAUUGGUUGUCACAGUUUCCUCGGCUCAUUUCCCUGGAUGUAUCACGCAAUUCAAUUUCGGGGCCUUUUCGUGUACCGCCAUUUCUUAAAGUCCUAUCUGCUGGGUACAACCAGUUGCAAGAUAUAACAAUGAUGAUGGCAACCGGAGUAAGGUUACAAACUGCAGAUUUCACAACGAACGAGGUUGAAGUUCUUCGAACGAAUACAUUUGUAAACUGCACAGAGUUAAAGAAUGUUGACCUGAACUUGAACAAGAUAUCCAAAAUUGAACCAGAGGGUCUGGCUGUAAAUGAGUUCACCAAAAUUUCCCUCUCAAGCAAUCCUAUCCGACAGAUUUCUCCAUUACUGUUCAGAGGUGUAUAUUUGGCCAGAGCUUUAUAUUUUUCUGGAGACAAGCUGAUUGAUGAGAGACUACCAAAGGAUUUGUUGGUCAACAUGACCGUGUCGUACUUGAUUGAUUUAUCGGUGAAUGAGCUGUCAAGAUUUCCUGGUGAACUUUUACGAACACAGGACACACUUGAAGUACUCUACCUGCAAAAUAAUCGCAUCACCGCUUUGGACGAAACCAUGUUCAAAGGACUCCACUCUCUACAGUCUCUAUUCAUUUAUCAAAAUCCGAUUAUGCAAAUGGCAGACUUUCAGUUUUAUGAGACAAGCCUCAGUUACCUUGUUAUGUUCCAGGGUAAUUUAUCAAAUGUUGGCACCAGACCAUUCGCUACGAACGGUGGCACCAUUAAGCAAAUAUUGAUGCACGGAAAUCCGAUAACCACAAUUAAGGACACCAUAUGGCAAGACUUGGGACCGGACUGUUACGUAUCUAUUGAUAACAGCCUCCGGCAAGUGCCGCACAUGAAUAGGACAGACCUCAAUGUUGAGUUGGUCGGUGAUGACUUCAAUCGUCCAUUCGACAUGAAGUUUUUAAAGUAUGAUAAUGCGUUGGCCACAUCGGGUCUAGUGUGUCGCCAACAGCCCUCUGUUUUUGACUGGAAAUGCACGCCUUGUCCACAGGGCACCUAUGGACAAGACGCUAAAUGCGUUCCGUGUCCCCCCGGCGGGUUCUACCAAAAUAAAACUGCUCAGUCUUCGAUUAACGAGAAGAUGAACUGUAAAGAAUGCAAUAAAGGAACGUACGUCUCGCCCGAAGCUGCACCUGGCACGAGAGGUACUGAUUGUAAGGUGUGUCCAACAGGAACAGAUAAAAGUACCGCUGCAGGGUUCCGGGCUUGUCCAUGUGUGGACAACUAUUACCGCACUGACCGGUUUGGCGAAUGUCAUCAGUGUCCCCACGAAGGGCUGAACUGCUCCGGGGAAUAUCAACAUCUUCUUCCGGGCUACUGGUGGACGUGGAACUGGACCUCACAAGAAGAACGGAUCUCGCAGGAAAACCACUAUUCCUAUAUGAAAUUUGUUAACAAUAUAUGCAUUAUGAAUGACUCAUAUGACAGAAGUGCGCAGAGAUUUGGCGGUAAAUUACCCCAGGUACACAAAUGUUCCCGCGACGACGUGUGUCCAAAUGGUGGAAUUGGUAUCGACUCAACUUGCAGUGAAGGCUACAAGGGCUGGCUGUGUUCCGAAUGUGCAAAUAAGUAUUACUCUUGGCUUGGUCAUUGUUUGGAAUGUCCUGAGUGGCCGUUAUUUGCUGUAGAAGUCUUCUGCAUCUUGCUUGCUGUUUGCAUCAUAGUCGGUUUCUUUGUGUGGGAUGCAUAUAGAAGGCAUCGUCGGAAUGAACGAAAUAUUGUGAGCAUCUUCUUAGCACGCGGGAAAAUCGUGGUUGGUUUUUGCCAAGUCAUGGGGGAGACAUUCUCUGCACUAGACGACAUUCCCUGGCCAAAGAAUUUGCAGACAUUGGGCUCAAUCUUUAAGACAAUGGAGGUCAGCUUAGUUGGUUGGUUGAUUAGUCCUCGGUGCUUUAUUCCGGAUUUCACCUACCCCAAUAUUUACAUUGAAUUCUUGGUCGGUUUCGGGUUCAUCAUAGCUGUUGUUCUGGUUGCUUGUUGUUACUAUGGAUUCAGAAGAAGCUACAUAAGAAACGCGCGAGGGUUGCCUGCGCACUGCAGAAAUGAUCUCAGUAAAAGUAAACGAAGAUGUUUCUUGAUCGUUGUCAUUUUACUCUUUCUGUCGUACCCAAGUGUUUGCAGUGUUAUAAUUAGCCUGUUGCCGACUGGGUGUAAGCUGUUUAACAUGGAUGAGGAUAAAGAAUUCAACAUCACCUUGCUGAGGUAUGAUUACGCAAUAGACUGUGAGAGCCCAGAACACUCUGUUUACAACUAUGCCGCCCAGACAGCUAUGGUAUACGUUGUUGGUUUCCCGCUCGCAUUGUUCAUACUUCUGUGGUAUAGCAAAGGAAUGGUCAACAAUGGAAGAGAUCAAGCACCUGUUUCGAGUCAGGGUUCAGAUCAAGUGUUACCCAGUACCUCCAAUGAUGGGAUAGACGAUACAGAAGCACCUGUUUCGAGUCAGAAUUCAGAUCAAGUGUUACCCGAUACCUUCAAUGAUGGGAUGGAGGAUACAGAAGCACAUGUUUCGAGUCAGAGUUCCGGUCAAGUGUUGAUCGAUGUCACCCAGUAUAGGACAUAUGAUACUGAUGACCUUGCCACAGAGUCAGAAGGGACUGACACUGACACCGUGGAGCCAGAUACCAAAAUCAGCUGGGAGAGUUUUCUGUGUGAAAACUACAAAGCUGAGUUCUGGUACUGGGAGAUCAUUGAACUUACCCGUAAGAUCCUGCAGACGCUCUUCAUACUGCUGUUCGGACCCGAGGACCACUUCACACUCUUUGUGUCUGUCUUCUUGUCUGUCUUCUUCCUGCUCAUCCACGCCUACCUGAAACCAAUGAAGGAUGCCGCGGAGCAGCGGCUUCAGAUGUGCUCGCUUGGUAUCAUCUUCAUAAACAUGUUGGCGGCGUCCUUGCUCCUUAUGCCAAAUGACACUAGGUCAAUUGUAGAUGAUAAACAAGGAGUUCUUGCGACUGCGUUGGUUCUUCUGAAUCUCAGCAUUAUUGUUUUCGUUGCAAUAAGCUCCAUCUGGAUUGGCAUCAAGGUUCUUUCGAGACAUGGAUGCUUUGCUUGUAUAAGAGAUUCGUUGGUGCAGAUGUGUAGAUGUUGCCGAAGACGAUACAGGAGGGAGCAAGAUGGCCAAGGUUAUCUGGACGACGGACACCCUUCACCUUCACUUUUGGUGAAUGUUGACGAACAGGAUGAGCAGACCACUAUAGACCAAGUCAGACGCUUCAUCAGUGGUUCUAGUGACUAAGUAACUGAUACUGGCCUGACAGUUUAGUUAGAAGCUUACAGGAAUAUAAUUUCAACUCUCUGUAUGGCUCAACUCUCCUGCAUCUCCCCUAUUCCCAAUUGCAUUAAACCCAAAUCAUUUACAACGUGGCUAAUAAGAAUAAACUAUAAACAGUGACUUGCGG